AUGAAUAGGUGGAUUGGCGAGAUCGACGAUGUGGUGAUCUGGAGCGACUGCGAGAUUGACAACGGUGUCUACGGGUUGGUGUUCUGGAUCGUCGUCUCGAUGGUGAGGAGCGCCGGCGUUGGUUGCGAUCUGGAUAUUCGUUCCAUGUGUUGGUGUCGGCGGGGUCAUUUUGUUGGUGACAUUGCAUUUCUAAGCAGACAUUGGUCCAAUGCCCGGCUUGGUGUAGGAAGGACUUGAUGUGAGGCAAAAAACGGGUAUGAACCUGUGGCAUGUUAGUUCGUAAAUUGUUUAAUUGUUCGGUGAUUGCGAUGAUGUCCUCAAGAUAGUCUGCAAGUGCGUUAGGUGUGUUUGCAGUUGGUUGGAGGUCCGUAAAUUGGUUGUAGAGGGCAAGACAAAGGGAUUGAAUGUUGCCAUAUUGUUGGUAUAGUGUGUGUAGUAUGCGGAGAUAGUCUUCUUCUGUUGUUUUGUCUUUGUGGCGGUCAAUAAUGUCAAAUGCGUGGUCACUGAGAUGGCAUAGGAGUAGUUGAAUAUGUUCGGUGGGUGUGAUGUACCCAGCAAAGAAUGGGGUUUUUUGGAAGACUUGUUUGGAGUGUUGGCUAGGUGUGUUUUUAGAUAUUCGAUUUCGGUGUUCGUGGCUUGUUGUGUGGCAAAGGUGUGUGGGUUCUAUCGGGCGACCUCUAGGGGUCCCUGAUAAACACCACAUA